CAGUAUAAAGUGGUGGCAGCGGUCAUGAAAACGCGUUUCCAAGAAGCACCCGCAGUAUUUUUCCACCUUGUUACUGAUGAGUGUGUGAUGGUUAAGUAUAUUAUAAACACCAGCGUCACACAUCACCUCAGAAAGCCACACACACACGCACACACUUGUGGCCGGACUUAUCAGACGCUCUGCUCACAUCAGCAGGCUGUGCAACACGUUGGUUUGAUGCUCCGGCGAGCCAGCUGUGUUAAUCACCCUGCUUCUUCUUCUUCUUCUUCUUCUUCUUCUUCUUCCUCAUGAUGACACACCGGACAUAUGUCAGUGUCAGGAACUGAACUGUGACUAUCUGCGGGGGAGAAAAUCGGAUCGCAGUUUGGAGGAAAGGCUUUUUUGUCGAGCUUCUCAUUUACCUCGAUUAGGAAAAUUAAACCGGCGGCCGGUUUGAUCUGUCAUCAGAGGAAACUGAGUCAGCUGGUCAGAGGGCCAGAGAGGAGGAAGUGUGAAGAUGGACAAUGACAGCACCACUGCCAGGGUGGAGAGGAGCUUCUGGACAGUUUGGGCUUAUAUAACCGGAGCUGUCAGCAGAUUCUUCAGACAGGAGCCUGCUAACCUGCUCAUCGUAAAUGACCCGAACUCCUGCCAUGAAUCCAAAGUUGACAGCGAGGAUGCAAACUGUGGCCAGGCGGAGGGUGACGCCGGAGGAAGGGAAGUCGAUGAGGAAGAGCCUCUUGCAACAGUCUCCGUGCUUAGCUCAUCUCGGGCCGUUGUUGCCUGGGAACUUUGCAAAACAGAAAACAACUUGGUCUGCGAUGAAGAAAUCAUGCCGUGCAAAACCCAGCUGAGCGGUGAGGGCACAAGAGAGGAACAGUCCCUCCAAACGGGAAGUGAUGAUGCAGGUGAGCUCAUCGCUGAAGAGGCAAAAGAAGAUGGACGUCUAGAGAAUGGAGAUUGGAAUUCUAAAGCUGGCGGACGAGAUGAGAUGCAGGAGUGCGAAGAGCACGUGAACACCAGGUCACUAAGACUUACAGAUGAUGCAGCGAACGAAGAUGUGGAAGAAAACAGAGGAAAAGCUGUAGCCGAGGAGGAGAGGGCAAUGACACUGGAUGAUCAUCAAAAACUGGAUGAAACCUUGACCAAGUUUCAAGCAAAGGAUGAAGAAGAUGAAAUAAACCAAGAAGAUCAGCAAGAUUUGAAGGCAGAAGAUGCUGAGGUGGAUUUGUCCACAAUCACAGCUUCGAGUCUAGAAGUGGAGGACAUAGUAGAGGCGAGGGUGCUGAGAGACCAGGCACACAUAGCGAUGACGCGCGAAGAAGCAGAGGACAGUGAUAGUGUGCUGCUGCUGGCUUCUGAAAAUGAAGACAAGUCCGAUCAAUUGGCAGAACAAGCUGGAGGGCUUUCAGGCGACAAAGGAGAUCUGGAGGGAGACCCAUGCUUUACUUCAGUGCAUGAUGCAUCACAACAGACCGACAACAAACGAGGCGGCGUGUCUGAGGAUGAGCUAAUUCUUGUUGGACAACAGCAACAUGUGAGCACUCAUAGCAGCGAAAGUGAUGAAGUUGAGGACGCAAAUGAGAAAGAGGAUGAGAGAGCGCUGGAUGAGACGGAUGCUGCAAUUGAGGAAGAAGAUGUGAACGAGGUUGCAAGCGACGAGGCAAAAGAUGUCGUCAGCUUGAAAACAGCUACGGAAGUCUGUCAAGAGGAGGACAUUUCAGCCAGACAUGUUACAUGCAGGGAAGAACUUGCACAGAAUGCCAAAACAGAGCCGAUCACAGCUGAAUUCACAUAUGGAGAGCAAGAGGACGUGGCCAGGGAAACAGAAGUGCAAACCAAAACAAGAGAGACACAUGCUGUCGAACUAGAAAGCCAAGGCGAGGUGAGCAAUGGAAAUGCUGAUACGGACAUUCCCGUAGGUGAGACAUUUUUUGAUAAAGAUCAAGCAGAGGCGGAGAGGCACUCCAUCAACAAAGAUGGUAGCCUAGAAGUUGUGUAUGCAGCCACCUCGGUUACGGUAAACCCCGAAGGCGAGACUGGACAGGACAUUAGUGGAGAGUUUAAAAAUAUUCCUCCAGGGACAUGUGAAGGCCGGCUUGUUGUGUCACAGGAGCUAAAUUCUCCCACAUGCGAGGAAGCACGAGAGGGAGUUCCUGAACACAACAAUGAGCCAGGGCCAGAUGAAAAUGCAACACAAUGGUUCCUGGAAGCAGGAGAUUGUGAGGAAGUCCAGACUUUGCAAUUACCAGAAGAGGUGGAGGGCAAAGAGCCGGAGAGCCUUGAAAACAGUGGCUGGAGCGCCGGAGCUGACCAUUCACUGGCGAGAGAGCGUAUGGAAGAGGAACAAGAAAGCCCAGAAGAGAUAAGAAACGGCUUUGAUUUGGUUGUUGAGGAGCACACUGACGCUGGAUUGCACCAAGAGGCAGAAACCGUACUUAUUGAACCAGUAAUUGAAGAAUCAGGGGCUUUAUUUGACGAAGAGGAAGGAACAGAAUCGACUGACUCAAUGAAGACAGGGAUCAAACAAUCGGAGAAGGAAUUCGAGUCAAACGUUGGCUCAACAGAUGGGACUGACAAGACGGCAAAAGAGCCGCAGGAUGGGACCGAAGAGCUUCUGGUUGAUCUUGAGAUGGACGAGGGAUUAUGUGAUGUCAAAGAAACUGAUGCUGUAGUGCAGAAAAUAGCAGAGAUGAGCUUCUUUCCGGAGUUGGUAGAGGCAGUAAACUUGGAGCAAAACAGUCACAGGACACAGAGUUUCCUAGAAGACUUUACAGAAUCUGGAUUCCUGAAACAGUCAAUUGAGACUGAACCCAGAUCACUUGAGCAGAGUGCUGUACAAAUGCAAGAUGCAGGGAGAGAUCUGGAGGAAACGUGUUACGGGGUUGAAGAGGACGUUGCACAAGAUGAAGUGCACAACGAGAAUGAGAUGGAAACGGGAAAGACUUUGUUCGCAGAAUCAGAGUCACUGGAGACACCAAAUCAGCAAUCAGACGAAGCACUUGAGAUAAGCAACAAGAAGACUGAAGCAGCGGGAGAAUCACUGACAACUGAGUCCAUACCAGAAGAUCUGACUGUGAUAUCAGCAGAAGAAAUGUCAAAGCCUGUGACAGAACCCAAAGGGAGUUACACUGAAGACAGCCCAAUCAGCGGAGGUCAGGACGUGAUUGAUGAAGAAAUCCUUGACUUAUGGAUACAGACGGCGCUGUCAGAGGACACUGAUGGCAUCAAACAAGAAGAAGGGCCUGAACCUGGAGAACAAAUUCACACAGAUACAGAGCAAUCAAAUGAGGAGCAACAUGAAGUCUUAUCAGUGCUGAGAGAUGAGGUUAAAGAGCAGCGUGUGGAGUCCACUCCAGAGGAAUCUGAGCUGGUGAGUGACGCAGAAAUGUCUUCAUCGACAGCAGAGUCUGGAUUUUCAGAUCAGUCUCUCUGUGAAUCAGGCACACAGAGCAGUGAAACUCAGUUACAGAGUUCAACCAGCAGUGGAUCAUGUCAAGGCAUAGAUGAUGUGUUGGCUAACAUGUCAGAAUCGCCAGACAUCUCUGAACUGUCAACACAACAACCAGAGUCGGGAUUAGGUCAGGAAACAGCUGAAAAUGGAGAAUCGUUUCUGAAACGGGUGGAAUCUUCCGCUGAGAUGCAGACAGAGGCCGGAUAUCUGAAUCAGGGAUCAGAUCAGUCACAAGGAAAAGCGGACAAAGAGAAUGGAUCACAGAAAGAUAUUGAUGCUGACAUAAAGGACCCAGCAAGGACAACUGACCGGAAAGACACAGAAGAAAUUGAGUCAUGGACAGAAAUGAUGGCUCAUGUCCAAGUUGAGGAAACAAAAGUCAAAGAUGAGCCUCUCGAGACUUCUGGCUCUGCAGAUGAAGUCGAACACACUGACUCUGGACGAUCGAGAAGCGGCUCAGAGGGAAGCGUGUCAUCAGAAUCACAAAACGACACCAGCGUUGAAUCCGAGAGGACAUUAUUGAUGUUGCCCUCAGUGGACAAACUGCCCAGAUGUUCAGAAGAUGAUUCAUUACAUGAGCUUAACAGGGCUGAGGUGGCACCGCAGCCAACAUCAGAAGAUCACAUGGAGGUGGAUGCUUAUGUGUUGGACUUUGCUGCACAAAGGUCAAGAAUUGCUGUUAAAAACCCUCGCGUGAGGCCACCCAAAGACCCCCGCUCCCUGCUACACAUGCCCUCAGUGGAUCCCACACCUUCUCGUCUGCCUGUCAAAGUCCCUGCAGGUGUGCCUUUCGGAGGAUUGGGCAUUGGCGUGAAACUUCCUGGGCUUGGUGCAGGUUUUCCCGUUUUAAAAAAGACUCCAAGGGUGGUGAGAGAUGAAAAUAGCCAGGAGCCACUCUCACAGGGACCUGACACAAAGCCAGAGGAGAAGAGUGACUCUCCCAAACAAGACGAGGCUCCACCACACAAACCAAAAUGGAUGCCACCAAGACACCCAGGAUUUGGAAAUCCGCUCAUGUCUGAGCUGAAGACCAAACUGAAGAAAACCACAAAAGAUUGAGAAGAAGAUCAAAUGUACCGCUUUGUGUGAAUAUCUGAAUGUAAUAUACUAAUGGCUGUAUUUUUUUGUUGUGUAUGUGUGUAUUUAAGAAACUGAAUACAGUUAUGACAUGUUCUUCCUGCAAUUACUAUCCUGAUGUUUGGUAACUUUUGUAAUAAAGCUCAUCUGUAAGAGAAAUAGUAUUUUCUUGCACAAAAAUUGACAAAUUAGUGAAGAAAGAUGCUGACAGAAGCAAGUUGUGGGGCCACAUGAUAAUGGUUCAGAUUGCAUAGAAAUGUAGUGAGUUGCUGAAUACUAAGUUUUUGAAAUUGGUAAUGUAAUCCAUUUGAUAACAAAACAUGCAAUCUGAAUACUAUUGAGAUUCUCAAAAAUGAAAAAAAAAAAAUCCCCUGGCUUUAUUGUGGUAGCCCACUAUUUUAAUCUGAUUAUGCAAUCCCAAUUAAUUUAAAUCCUUUUUCAAGACAAACUUGAUACACGUUUGUAAUCUGGACAAACAGAUCACAUUGAACCUUAGUAUUAGUGUGACUUCACUGAUCAAAAGGCGAAGGAAGUGGAAUCAGAGGGAUACUCACUGCGUGAAAGAGAGCACAGUAUUUUAAACUUUGCAGAUCAAAGAAAAAUACAGAAAUGUAGUUUCUAAAUCUAGUCUUAUUCGAGGCAGCAGAUGGCAGUAUUGCCCCAUUCACGCAUUUACCCACUCUAAAAUACACGAAGAAGAAGCUUCCCGCUGUGAUUGGCUGGAAUCAACCAAUAAGCGUGAUCAGAACUGACGUUUGAAACAGAGCGGCGCUCCGAUGUUGUUGAUAUUCAUUUGACGUUAGACGUUAGAAGUUCAUUCCAGAGUCUGAAAAAAAGAGACAUUUAACAUAUUUUUCACGUUAACCUCCACUAAAAGUGCCUGUUGACAUUGGCUGCAGGCGGUGGGAGUCAGCUGAAGUCACCUGAAAGAGAAAUCGUCGGGCAUGGCAAAUGAGACAAUACUGCAAACCUCAUGUGUUGAGGACAUUCAUGAGGACGAUGAAUGCCGUGAAAAUAUUCCAACAGGAGUCACGGCUGUAGCUGGAACUUCAAAGUUCAAAGUCCCAGCAGCAGAUGUGGUGGCAUAUUCCUCUACACAGCCAAGUGGAGAAAAUGAACCUCUCUCUCACACCUGCAUGUUUUCAACCCCAGGUCCAACAGGCAGCAAUGGUCGUAUCAAGGCAAUGUCCCAGCUCUCUGGUCUCCGGUCUGCUCUAACGCCAAUUGUAAAAUACUUAAAUAUUGGCAAUAGAUGUGCAUCUCCAGAGCCUUUAAAUCGUGGAAAGAAUCCUCAUCUUACAGCUUCACCUUUUCCUCCUGGUGAUACUGCAAAAUCAACUGGAAGUUCAAGCAAACAUCCCGAUGUCUUUAGCAGCCAUUCUGGACGAUCAUUAGGUGACAGUAAUUCCCCUGCAUGCUGGCUGGCUGACGAGUGCUUGCCAGAAAUUACUGUCCUUGAUGAUACCUGUGAUUCCACAAUGCAAAUGACUAAAAAUGACCCAGCUCUUCCUGACAGUGUGCCUUCUACACCUGUAACAGGUUGGUCUGUGAAGAGUUCAUUUACUCUUCCCCAGCUCCCUAGGUUGAAUACCCCCACUAACACUACCGCUCAAAUACCCUGUCCUGAGAAUAAGUCACUGGAGCUUGUUGAUGCUCCUCUGCGCUGGCUAGAUGACAGAUUCUUCCCUGAAAUUACUCUGCUUGAUGUUACGCAUGAUUCAGAAUUUUCACCACGAGGGGAAGUGUCCUCCUUGGAGGUAACAAAUGACAUUUCACCCGUGGAUAGUUUGGAAAACAGCUUGCCUUCCUCAGCACUUAGUGGACCAAUUCCUGCAGAGUCUGUCACACUGGAAAUUACUCCAAGUGAAGAUUUGUCAAGUACUCUUGAUGGCAAUGUCACACACACUGUAAGCUCGAUUAGUGAACAAUCUGAUAAGUGUGUGGAUGAAAACACACCAAAAGCUUCUUUGGAAGUGACUCAGGAUUUUUCUCUAGACAGUGUUUCAGAAGACAGUCAGCCUUCAUCAGAGCCCAGUGGACCAAACAUGGUGAAGACUCAAACAGCUGAGGUCACACUUGGUACCCAUCCUGCUAAUGUCACCCACGACCUAAGCUCCUCCAGUGACAUGUCGGUUCAGUGUUCUGUAUCGGAGGUCUCUGCUUCUGAUAUGCAAUGCAAAAUCAGUUCAAAGAAUGGCACCUUUGAGCUCCAUGAUGAAGAGGUGGUGAACUCUGAAACUAUAGAGGCCAGCAAUGAAGAGCCUCUUAAGAGCCAUGACAGCAUGUCACAGCCAAGUCCAAAAACACCUGGGUCCGAGAAUGACACGUUUACCGUUGCUGAGCAGUCCAAUCUGAGUGCCUCUACCAGUGUAAACACUUGUGCACAGGUACCUCAAAAUAAGACAAUGGAUCUUCCCCCAUCUAAUGUAAACAGUCCCAAAGUGGAGAGUGGAGCUAAUGAUUCAUCUGCUUCAAUCUCUAAGAAUACGACAGAAACUUCCUCUGUUAUUAAUCCAAAUACCUCAGAUGUAAAGGCAAGGGGUACAUGUGAUGUGCAGAAUGUCACUUUUGAUAGGCAUUCUCUUCACAAAUCAGGGGGAAAUGGUACUUUAGUUGAAGCUGGGGCUGCAACCUUUAGCCUUCAGAACAACACUUUUGAUACCAAGUCUCCUCUCCUUUCACAACAUAAUGGGACAACAGAAAGUACAGACCCUAAUGCCAACACCCCUGAGAGCACAUGUGAAGUUCAUCCAGUUGUGGAGGAUGCUUCUGGAGCUGAUCGAUGUGAGGCUAAAGAUCAAUCGCAGUCAGGUCUGUCGGUGGAGGAUGGUCUUUCUGACACUUUGGGCAAUCAAAGCAUGGCUAUGGAGCAGGAUAACA